UGCGCAAGCUCAGAUGGCCUUUUUCGGUGAGCGACUGAAAUCUGUCAGAUCAGCGGAGCGCACAUUCCCCUAAUACCUUCAAAUAUCUCCCAGUACUUUCUUCCCCUAGACAGCGCUGGAGGCGUACAUCUAACCCGAGGUGUGUUCAGCUUUGGAUUAUAACUUUUCUCCGUCUGCAGCCGAAGGAAAACAACAAAGAAUGACGAGCAGUUUAAAGCGGAAAGAAGAAAGUCAUCUGCUGAAUGGAGGUGUAAAACAGUCCACAUGGAGCAAAGCCUUCAACAGUAAUGCUGUUUGGGAAGAGAAGGACGAGUUUUUAGAUGUGAUUUACUGGCUUCGGCAAAUUAUUGCAGUAAUCCUUGGUGUGAUAUGGGGUGUUGCACCGUUGAAAGGAUUCCUCGGAAUAGCCAUAUUCUGCAUCAUCAACGCUGGCGUCCUGUAUGUAUACUUCAGCAGCUUUCAGCAGAUUGAUGAGGAAGAGUAUGGUGGCACGUGGGAACUCACCAAAGAAGGCUUCAUGACAUCUUUUGCUCUGUUUCUGGUGGUGUGGAUAAUCUUUUACACAGCUCUACAUUUUGACUGAGAGGAAUCCAUUGGACACUUAAAUACAAACAUUUCUGUUGAAGUAAAUUGUCAAGACAGAGGAACUCCAUGACUUGAGGGGUGUCAACGCUCCUACAUACAGUAUGACUUUUCAGUGUGCAGUGCAUCAUGGGAAUCCUAGUUCGAUUUAACAAGAUCCUGCAACACCACCGUGAUGAACAUGUUCAAAUACUGUACAUCUCUCUAAUUUGGGGGUUUCCUUUUUAAGGCACCCUCCAUUACACUUCCCAUAUGUUCUAUUUCCUUCCUCACUCCAUUGUCGUCAUCUCUGACUAAACACUAACGAAUACAGAAAGCAAAUAGCUCAGCUGAGAUUGGUUGCAGUUCACCUUUUUUAUGUAAAUCAGAAUAAGGAUUCUUUCGUCUUUGUUGGUUUACUACAGGCCUUUCUUCAGUUUUAGAAGAGUGACAUGAAUGCAGAUAUUAAUUUAAAAAUAACAAUCAGUAUGUGUUUUCAUCCUAACUGCUCAUAAGCUCAUCACUUAAGUAACAGGAACUGGGCAAUAAAAUAAAUUCUCACCGUAUAGUCGUUAGGGUUCAAUCAGUCCAUGAGUGUAAAGUGUUACCUUUUUCAUUUAGGGACAAAGCGCACCAUGUUGGAUGUUUAAAACUAACUGUAAAUUAUUAAUUCUGUGGCUUCACUGUUAAAUCACCCCUCUGAAAUUUCAUUAUGAUAUGUUUGCCUUUUAAGAAAAUCUGACAAAAUACUUAAAUAUUAACUAUAACUUAAUACUUAGUUAAGUAGUGCCAUAGCAGUAAGCACAUUAUAGGUUACUGUUAAUGUUACCAGCUACAGUAUGUGUCUGCAGACUCAUCUGUUUUCCUGAAAUAGUGAUAGGUGACGCAGAGCCUCAGGUUUUGAUUUGUUUUUUUUUUCUCUCACUGCAUAUAAACAAUGCAUUUUUGAAUAAAAUCUGUCAAUUGUUAUUUCUUCUAAAGGGUCUGGUGUCCAACAAAUGUGAAAAACAUGUAGCUAACCGCAGCUGAGAUCUCACUCCUACUAAUUUUAACAUCAAAAACAAAUGCUGGUGGUAAGAUACACAUAUCAGCUGUUCUCCAAUCGUGAUGCAGGUAUCUGCCAGUAGUAUCAAAGCGCUGUUACUUCAGUCAGGAACUUAUAACCAACCAAGUUAUCUGUCCAUUUCAAUUAUUUCCUCCAAGUAAAGGGGGAGGAAACAUGCAUGCCGUUUCAGAUGCAAAUGUUCACAGAUUUGAGCUAAAAACUGAUCUGUGCACUGCCAUGACUUGCUGUUUGUAUAUCUAGAUGUCAUUUAAUAAUGGCGUUAGUUAGGAGUGUAGACAUAAUUUAAAUUUAUUAUUUUCUCACAUGUAGCUUCCAGAUCAAAGUCUUACCUGUUGUUUUUGAAAUUAAUUUAAACUUGUAUGUAAAUUCUGUACAAUGUCCCUUUUGUCAAAUCCACCUUGUAUUACACAGAUUUAUUUGUACUUAUGUUAUAUCUUGUUUGAUGUAACAUAUUUCUCAGUAUUUUAUAUUGAAGAACUUUUAAAAACAGUUCUGGCAAAGUUCUUGUAAUGAUACUGUUAUAUUAGAUACACAGCUGGUGUUUGAAAGGAUUGUAUUUUCUGAUCAAAUCUUUUGGGAAUCAUUAAACAUGGGCUUUAUUUGGCCUCCAUUUUCAAAGA